AUGGACCCUGAUAACAUUGACCGCAAAAUGAUGUCCCAAUUGGGAUCCACUGAACAAAAUGGCUCAAUAACACCUGAAGAGAGUUCUCUGGUGGUUCCCAAAAAUAGUGAUUUAUCGAAAUCAUCGAAAUCUGAUGAAGGGUGCAAGAUGAGCAAUCACCAGAAAACAUCUGAUGAUGGUUUGGAGUCCUCUUCAACCAAAGAGUCCUCUUCUACGCCGAGCCCUCCAUCCCAGGAACGGUCUCCCCUUCACAACACAAAACCAAACGAACAGCCUAGCAAAAGCAAUGAGAAAGAAGAAAAAGAGAAAGGAGAAAAAGACUCAAAAGAGGAAAAGAGCAAGCUGCGAAAGGGAAAGUGGACUGUUGAAGAAGAGCAAUACACGGCUCAUAUAAUCAAGUGUUUCAACGAUGGCUUGCUAACGCUACCUGAAGGUUCCACACUUCGUGGAUAUUUGGCGGAUCGUCUGAACUGUAACCCAAUGAGAAUAACUAAGAAAUUUACUGGUGCUUGUGGUCUCACGAGGCGGGUUUAUCAUCUUCACGACCGGCGAAAUGCUUCGCCCGCGGAAGUUGAAAGGGCUAAAGCCGAACUGAACCAUUUAGAACAACGCUUCCGUAUGCGUGUGGAGCAAGAGCAAUCAGGACUACCAUUGUCUCAUAGAGAUGGAAUCUUUCACUCCUCACAGGUUCAAAGCGGAAUCAGCCCAAGUAUCCCACUUCAGCAUCACACGCCAGCUACCUAUUUGCACCCGUGGACCCAGUCUCCAGGAGGAGGUAGACAACUGCAUACACGUCAAUCAAGUCAGUUCCCUUUCUCCAGCCAAGUCGGGCAUUGGAUGCUUCCAAAUCCUGUGGACACACUCCCAACAGCUUCAAUCGCAAACACUGUAAUUCACGGUGACACGUCUGCUCAAUUUCUCACAAAUCUGUUGACUUCAUACUUGGCCCAAGUAGCUGCUGCUUCUAUGGCUGCUCCAUCGACGCUACUGCCGCAACAGCAACAGCAACAACCACAAAUAAGUAAACGACUGGAGACCACGGUGCCACAGAAAGGGUGUGCGCAUGAGGAGAAAGUGGGAACUAAAUAUGAAAAUCUUUUGAGUGCUCAUGAACAACUUUCAAGCCAAAAUCCCACUGGACGACUCUCCAGUGCAAACCAGCCUCGUAAGGGAAGGAGCCCCGAGAAUGACGUGCAUUCCCACCUCUCCCCUGUACAGCAACUUCAACGGGGUUACGAAGCCCACCUCGAAUCGCUAAGGAAAUCAUCUUCGACCGAACCCGUUUUUUAUUCGAAGGUCCCAAAGCCUGAUACAUCCAUGGUGAAGAAACUAGCGUUGAAAGCAACGAAAGAUGACAAGGGGACUACGAAAUCCCAAGGAAAGAGAAGCGAAGACGAUGAAGGUACAAUCCUUCUAUUAGACUUCAUGAAGUCGGCUCAACGGGCUUGUGGAGACCCUCCUACGGAUACUAAGAGAAGAGGUGACAAGACUGCAUUACGCGCUGCAGCUGUUCCAGAAAAAGGAUAUUCCGACCUUGAUCCUCCCAGCAGCACAAGUGCAAAUGAAUUACGGAUUCAGUCGUCGGAAAAUCCCGAGCGGGAGAAAAAGUAUCGCUUGCAGCCUGUAGCCGUGACUGAUACAUCAACGAUGUCGAGAUCGGAAACAUCAUCCAGGACGUCAUCCCAGCCAACGGAAUCGUCGAGUUCUAUUGAAGAUUCCGAUUCCAAAUCAGACAAGACAGAUCCUUCGUCUGGUGAAGAAUCGGAAAAAGAGUCUGCGGGUAACAUUAGGUAUACAGGUCCACCUCGAAAACGAUUGAAAAAGAAUUCUUCUGUGAAGGAGUUUACGGCUCAGAACCUCGCAGAACACAGCAGGAUGAUGGACAAACGAAAUACCGUCGAAGACAAGGAUAUCGAUAACUAA